UAAAAGGUACAGGUGGUGACAUUUGGCAUCACAAAGCCAGAUACUUCCACUGAGAGGACAGAUGGGUUACUUCUUGUACUUCUCCGCUGAGACAUGGACUCUGCUGGUUGCCUUUGUCACGCUCCUCCUUGUGUACGCCUACUGGCCUUAUGGAACUUUCAAGAAAUUAGGUAUCUCUGGUCCUAAACCUGUCCCAUUCUUUGGAACAAUGCUGCAUUAUCGAAGGGGGUUCUUCAACUUCGAUCAAGAGUGCUAUAGGAAAUACGGGAAAAUAUGGGGUAUUUACGAUGGCCGCCAGCCCGUGUUGUGUGUUGCAGAUCCUGAAAUCAUAAAGGCCAUUCUGGUUAAGGAAUGCUACUCUUUCUUCACCAACCGCAGAAAUUUCCGUCUGAAUGGGCCCCUCUAUGAUGCCGUAUCCAUUGCUGAAGAUGAUCAAUGGAAAAGGAUCCGUAGUGUCCUAUCUCCUUCCUUCACCUCUGGGAGACUGAAGGAGGUGAGCUUCUCCACCUUCUCUAUA